UUUUUGCCUUCGCAGCUCAAUCAACCAAGCAAUAAGCUUGACUUGCUGAGUUGGUUGCAGGAACAUUACGUUCGCCAAUCUAAUCUUCCAUCUUAUUGAAUCCGAGUUUGGGAGCUCCAUGCUGUUGUAUCGCCUGUGUCCUGUGCUGAAAAAUCCGAUCUCCCACACGUGCACACACGCAAGGCAUAGCUUUCAAGCGACUGGUCGAGUCACUAUUUCACUAGCCAGUACGCAGUACAUCGUCCGGAGAAAUCAUGGCCGCAAUCGUUUUGCAGUGUGGCUCGACUCCAUUGCCUGGAGAUCUGCAGGGCCCGUUUGAGGAAAAGUACAGAGUGGUGAAGGAGAGCGAUCUGGGGCAAUCUGGUGCAGCUGGACUGGCUGAGGUGCAGGGAAUUAUUAUGUAUGGCUCGCACGUGAUCGUGGAUGAGAAGCUGCUGGACCAGAUGCCGGCGCUGAAGGUAGUAUCGUCUGUGAGCGUGGGCUUUGACCAUAUCAACGUAGCAGCAUGCAGGGCAAGAAACGUGGCAGUGGGGACAACGCCCGGUGCGGUGGACGGCGCAACCGCUGACAUAGCGUGGAGUCUCCUGCUUGCGGCCGGCCGCCUUCUCGUCCAGGGGCACCACCGGUGCACGGCGCCCGAUGCGGUGCCUCACUUUGACUCCAACUGGUUUGGUAAAGAAGUGUACGGUUCCACGCUGGGCGUUGUCGGAAUGGGUGGCGUUGGGCUUGCUGUGGCUCGCCGAGCAGUGGGCUUCGAUAUGGAAGUAUUGUAUCACAAUAGAAAUCGGAGAGAGGCCAGUGUGGAGGAGAAGGCAAACGCAGAGUAUGUAUCCGACUUGAAAGAGCUCAUGUCGCGCAGUGACUACAUUGUCUCUUGUAUCCCAGGCUCGGCGGAAAACAAGAAGCUAUUCAACUCUGAAGUGCUGUCUGCGGCCAAGCAAGGCUCUGUUUUCGUCAAUGUCAGCCGCGGCGUGGUCGUUGAUCAGGAUGCGCUUGUCGAGAACUUGAAGAACGGCAGGUUGUAUGCUGCGGGGCUGGACGUGACGGACCCGGAGCCGCUGCCGCGCGAUCACCCACUGCUGCAGCUUCCCAACGUGACCAUUACGCCACACAUAGGUACGGCGACCAUGCGCACUCGUGUGCGCAUGACCGAACUGGGCAUCCGCAAUCUUCAAGCAGGCCUGGAUGGGCAGCCUUUAGAAACCACUCCGCCAGUGUAACUGCAGCUUCUGUUCAACCGUGGGGAACUACGUUACUAUAUCACCAACUGUGGGCGCUCACACAUCACUCAUCAGCGCUAUAUCGUGCCAAUAACAUAUUUCUGGCAUUCGCGGAACGCUGGUUGGAAGAUGGCCUCCCGAAACUACAUGCAGUUUGUACCAUCAUCAAGUGGUGUGUCAGCGAACCCCCCGUGCAGCCCGAGGCUUCCGCGAAAGGCAGUCAAUUGUCAUUGCAGGCGGUGACAGUGCCAGUGUUUAUGAGAAUAGCUCUCAUGGAAACAUGGAUAUAUUAUUGUGUAUAUGACACACGAGUCACAGACAUUGUAUCUCAUUCAGAGUAUCAUCGGAAAUGCUACACCGAUUAUAAAAGUUUAAACAGUUUGAUUUAAAGAAAGGUUUUAAUGGAGAUUAGAAAGAUAUUUUAUGCAGUAAAAGAAGUUUUGAUUUUCUUCAAAUUUGUGAUAAAAUAUUUGGGUUUUUGACUUUUUUUAGGAUUAUCUUGGAAAAUAUCUAUGAACUUAUUCAACACACGAAAACGUCUUGGCCAGCAAGAAAAUAAAGGGACAAUUAAAACAAAUAAGGUGUAGGGAUUGAACUCGCGAAUUCAAAACGAGUAGUACUAUCCAGCUUGAUAAUUGAAUGAUAGAAUACCUAUUAGAAGCCUUGGACUAGUUUCAUGUUUAUGUUUCUGGAUGCCCACAGGGAGUGAUGUACGUCAAACUUUGAAGUUGAUGUCCAUACAGUU